AUGGAAAAAGAAAAUCCCAUAGUAUUUUUUGAUAUAUCUAUUGGUGGUCAACCAGCCGGUAGAAUGAAAAUAGAAUUAUUUGCUGAUGUAGUUCCUAAAACCGCUGAAAAUUUUAGGCAGUUAUGCACAGGAGAGUACAAGAAAAAUGGUGUACCACAAGGUUACAAAUCCGCAACUUUUCAUAGGGUAAUUAAGGAUUUUAUGGUUCAAGGUGGCGAUUUCGUAAAGACUGAUGGGACUGGUUCAUUUAGUAUAUAUGGAGAAAAGUUCCCUGACGAGAACUUUGAGCUUAAGCAUACUGGACCUGGUCUUCUCUCGAUGGCAAAUAGCGGUCCAAGUACAAAUGGAUGCCAGUGCGACUUCUUAGAUGGAAAACAUGUUGUUUUUGGAAAGCUCAUUGAUGGUUUGCUAACGCUGAGAAAAAUAGAAAAUGUUUCCACUGGGCCUGGAAAUCGACCAAAAUUGCCUGUAGUCAUAACAGAAUGUGGACAAUAUUAA